AAAAAUAGCCUCAGUGGUGUGGCUUGUGUUCGCAGAGUAAUGUCCUGGGUACGCUAUACUAUUAGGGGAGGCAGCCUGUAUCUUUAAUAACCUACGUUAAUACCUCAUUCUACAGAACACGUCGUAACAAAAUGGUUAUAAAAGUAUUUCUAGCUUCUUCAUCAGGAUCAACAGCGAUCAAAAAGAAGCAACAGGAUGUGCUUGGGUUCCUGGAGGCCCUGAAAGUGGACUACGCUCCAUUGGACAUUGCCUGCAAUGAGGACAACCGCAUGUGGAUGAGGGAAAAUGUCCCUGUAGAGAAAAAGCCCACCAACGGGAUCCCCCUACCCCCUCAGAUCUUCAAUGAAGAGAGCUACUGUGGGGACUACGAGACAUUCUUUGACGCUAAAGAAGACAAUGCAGUGUUUGCCUUCCUGGGUCUGCCACCUCCUCCAGGAUCCAAGAAAAGAGAGGUUCCGAUGGAGGAGUUCAAUGGAGAUGAACACACAGAGGAGGUGGAAGCAGAGGUGGGAGGAGAAACAGGAGAGGAGGCAGCAGAAGAGGCCACAGAAGAAGACGCCGCCGCAGAAGAGAAGGUGGCAAAGGAGGAGGAGGAGGCGGUCGAAGACACAGAGAAAGCCACAAAAGACACUGUAAUUGGCUCCCAGAAUCCCGUGCUGUGGCAUCUCCUCUCCUCCAUCUCUUUAAUAUUGUCUUUUCCUCUACCUCAGGGUUUUGUUUCCCUCGAGCUCCUGUUGUCCUCUUCUCCUUCUCAACUCUGGACCAUACUAACCCACUGUUAUAUUGACUGUCCCAUAACUGUUUCAAAUGACUGUUCUGUAGCUGUUUCUGUUGACUGUUCUAUUAUACCUUCGAUCUGUUGGAUGUUUAACCUCUGUUCUGGUGCAGUUAACUGUAAUCUCUUUGUUGGCUGUUUUGUAUUUUUGUUUUAAUUGACUCCAUUUGCAGCCUUUGUGUCGUCAUUGUUCUUGAUUUUCCUUGAUAUGUACUAUGUUCUUUGUUCCACAUCAAUGUCUAGGUGUGUAUGUAUAGUAUGUCAAAAAUCACAUUUUAUUGGUCACAUACACAUGGUUAGCAGAUGUUAAUGCGAGUGUAGCGAAAUACUUGUGCUUCUAGUUCCGACCAUGCAGUAAUACACAUACACAUACAUGUGUCACCAUGUCUAGGUGUGUAUGUGUAGUAUGUGUCUCCAUGCCUAGGUGUGUAUGUGUAGUAUGUGUCUCCAUUCCUAGGUGUGUAUGUGUAGUAUGUGUCUCCAUGCCUAGGUGUGUAUGUGUAGUAUGUGUCUCCAUGCCUAGGUGUGUAUGUGUACUAUGUGUCUCCAUGCCUAGGUGUGUAUGUGUAGUAUGUGUCUCCAUGCCUAGGUGUGUAUGUGUAGUAUGUGUCUCCAUGCCUAGGUGUGUAUGUGUAGUAUGUGUCUCCAUGCCUAGGUGUGUAUGUGUAGUAUGUGUCUCCAUGCCUAGGUGUGUAUGUGUAGUAUGUGUCUCCAUGCCUAGGUGUGUAUGUGUAGUAUGUGUCUCCAUGCCUAGGUGUGUAUGUGUAGUAUGUGUCUCCAUGCCUAGGUGUGUAUGUGUACUAUGUGUCUCCAUGCCUAGGUGUGUAUGUGUAGUAUGUGUCUCCAUGCCUAGGUGUGUAUGUGUAGUAUGUGUCUCCAUUCCUAGGUGUGUAUGUGUAGUAUGUGUCUCCAUUCCUAGGUGUGUAUGUGUAGUAUGUGUCUCCAUUCCUAGGUGUGUAUGUGUACUAUGUGUCUCCAUGCCUAGGUGUGUAUGUGUAGUAUGUGUCUCCAUUCCUAGGUGUGUAUGUGUAGUAUGUGUCUCCAUGCCUAGGUGUGUAUGUGUACUAUGUGUCUCCAUGCCUAGGUGUGUAUGUGUAGUAUGUGUCUCCAUGCCUAGGUGUGUAUGUGUAGUAUGUGUCUCCAUGCCUAGGUGUGUAUGUGUAGUAUGUGUCUCCAUGCCUAGGUGUGUAUGUGUAGUAUGUGUCUCCAUGCCUAGGUGUGUAUGUGUAGUAUGUGUCUCCAUGCCUAGGUGUGUAUGUGUAGUAUGUGUCUCCAUGCCUAGGUGUGUAUGUGUAGUAUGUGUCUCCAUGUCUAGGUGUGUAUGUGUAGUAUGUGUCUCCAUGCCUAGGUGUGUAUGUGUACUAUGUGUCUCCAUGUCUAGGUGUAUAUGUGUAGUAUGUGUCUCCAUGCCUAGGUGUGUAUGUGUAGUAUGUGUCUCCAUUCCUAGGUGUGUAUGUGUAGUAUGUGUCUCCAUGUCUAGGUGUGUAUGUGUACUAUGUGUCUCCAUGUCUAGGUGUAUAUGUGUAGUAUGUGUUUCCAUGUCUAGGUGUGUAUGUGUAGUAUGUGUCUCCAUUCCUAGGUGUGUAUGUGUAGUAUGUGUCUCCAUGUCUAGGUGUGUAUGUGUAGUAUGUGUCACCAUUCCUAGAUGUAUAUGUGUACUAUGUGUUUCCAUGUCUAGGUGUGUAUGUGUAGUAUGUGUCUCCAUUCCUAGGUGUGUAUGUGUAGUAUGUGUCUCCAUGUCUAGGUGUGUAUGUGUAGUAUGUGUCACCAUGUCUAGGUGUGUAUGUGUAGUAUGUGUCUCCAUGUCUAGGUGUGUAUGUGUAGUAUGUGUCUCCAUGGCUAGGUGUGUAUGUGUAGUAUGUGUCUCCAUGUCUAGGUGUGUAUGUGUAGUAUGUGUCUCCAUGUCUAGGUGUGUAUGUGUAGUAUGUGUCUCCAUUCCUAGGUGUAUAUGUGUACUAUGUGUUUCCAUGUCUAGGUGUGUAUGUGUAGUAUGUGUCUCCAUUCCUAGAUGUGUAUGUGUAGUAUGUGUCUCCAUGUCUAGGUGUGUAUGUGUAGUAUGUGUCACCAUGUCUAGGUGUGUAUGUGUAGUAUGUGUCUCCAUGUCUAGGUGUGUAUGUGUAGUAUGUGUCUCCAUGGCUAGGUGUGUAUGUGUAGUAUGUGUCUCCAUGUCUAGGUGUGUAUGUGUAGUAUGUGUCUCCAUGUCUAGGUGUGUAUGUGUAGUAUGUGUCUCCAUGUCUAGGUGUGUAUGUGUCUAGGUGUGUAUGUGUAGUAUGUGUCUCCAUGUCUAGGUGUGUAUGUGUAGUAUGUGUCUCCAUGCCUAGGUGUGUAUGUGUAGUAUGUGUCUCCAUGUCUAGGUGUGUAUAUGUAGUUCUACUGUCCAUCUAUGUCUAGGUGUAUAUGUGUAGUAUGUGUCUCCAUUCCUAGGUGUGUAUGUGUAGUAUGUGUCUCCAUUCCUAGGUGUGUAUGUGUAGUAUGUGUCUCCAUGUCUAGGUGUGUAUGUGUAGUAUGUGUCUCCAUUCCUAGGUGUGUAUGUGUAGUAUGUGUCUCCAUGUCUAGGUGUGUAUGUGUAGUAUGUGUCUCCAUUCCUAGGUGUGUAUGUGUAGUAUGUGUCUCCAUGGCUAGGUGUGUAUGUGUAGUAUGUGUCUCCAUGUCUAGGUGUGUAUGUGUAUUAUGUGUCUCCAUGUCUAGGUGUGUAUGUGUAGUAUGUGUCUCCAUGCCUAGGUGUGUAUGUGUAGUAUGUGUCUCCAUGUCUAGGUGUGUAUAUGUAGUUCUACUGUCCAUCCAUGUCUAGGUGUGUAUGUGUAGUUCUACUGUCCAUCCAUGUUUUAGUUUAGUUUAGUUUAUUUUAUUUUUACAGGGACAGUGCACAUUAAUCAACGUUUCAGUAAAAGUGCCGGUUUUAGCCAGCCUGCUAAUUUUCAACCGCAGUCCCUGGGCAGGUUAUUAAAAACAAUUACAAUAUAGACAAUAGCACCAUAGACAUAGCAACAUAGCAACAUAGGACAAGCAAGACAUAGCAUACAGACAGAGCAACAUAGAACAAAAAGCAGCAAGACAAAAUUCAUAAAAGCAACAAAGUGUUUCCAUACCUCACAAGCUACAGACAACAUGGAAAGCGGCAAAACAGCUAGGGACCAUGUUCACUUUAGCCAUGUCUUCAAGCAUUUUGUGAAAGUGUGAUAUGUGGUGCAGUUAUGUGUGUCUGAUGGCAGUGUAUUCCAGACAUGGGAAGCUCUCACAGAGAAUGCAGAUUUACUAAAGGUGCUUUUCCUUAGGGGAACUAUACAGUCACCUCUCAUGGCAGACCUUGUGGAUCUGCUGCCAUAUGUCUGGGUUUUCUGUUUAACAAAAAUAUUGAGUGUCUAGGUGUGUAUGUGUAGUUCUACUGUCCAUCCAUGUCUAGGUGUGUAUGUGUAGUUCUACUGUCCAUCCAUGUCUAGGUGUGUAUGUGUAGUUCUACUGUCCAUCCAUGUCUAGGUGUGUAUGUGUAGUUCUACUGUCCAUCCAUGUCUAGGUGUGUAUGUGUAGUUCUACUGUCCAUCCAUGUCUAGGUGUGUAAGUGUAGUUCUACUGUCCAUCCAUGUCUAGGUGUGUAAGUGUAGUUCUACUGUCCAUCCAUGUCUAGGUGUGUAAGUGUAGUUCUACUGUCCAUCCAUGUCUAGGUGUGUAUGUGUAGUUCUACUGUCCAUCCAUGUCUAGGUGUGUAUGUGUAGUUCUACUGUCCAUCCAUGUCUAGGUGUGUAAGUGUAGUUCUACUGUCCAUCCAUGUCUAGGUGUGUAAGUGUAGUUCUACUGUCCAUCCAUGUCUAGGUGUGUAUGUGUAGUUCUACUGUCCAUCCAUGUCUAGGUGUGUAAGUGUAGUUCUACUGUCCAUCCAUGUCUAGGUGUGUAAGUGUAGUUCUACUGUCCAUCCAUGUCUAGGUGUGUAUGUGUAGUUCUACUGUCCAUCCAUGUCUAGGUGUGUAAGUGUAGUUCUACUGUCCAUCCAUGUCUAGGUGUGUAAGUGUAGUUCUACUGUCCAUCCAUGUCUAGGUGUGUAAGUGUAGUUCUACUGUCCAUCCAUGUCUAGGUGUGUAUGUGUAGUUCUACUGUCCAUCCAUGUCUAGGUGUGUAAGUGUAGUUCUACUGUCCAUCCAUGUCUAGGUGUGUAAGUGUAGUUCUACUGUCCAUCCAUGUCUAGGUGUGUAUGUGUAGUUCUACUGUCCAUCCAUGUCUAGGUGUGUAAGUGUAGUUCUACUGUCCAUCCAUGUCUAGGUGUGUAAGUGUAGUUCUACUGUCCAUCCAUGUCUAGGUGUGUAAGUGUAGUUCUACUGUCCAUCCAUGUCUAGGUGUGUAAGUGUAGUUCUACUGUCCAUCCAUGUCUAGGUGUGUAUGUGUAGUUCUACUGUCCAUCCAUGUCUAGGUGUGUAUGUGUAGUUCUACUGUCCAUCCAUGUCUAGGUGUGUAAGUGUUGGUGGGGGUCCUCUGGAAAUCCACACAUGUUCUUUAAUGUGCCUGAUCUGUGAGAUCUGUUCAAGUUGCACAACCUCCCAUGUAUAAGUGUCUCAUUCAAGUUUGAGGAGAGGUUCUCUGUUUCCCAUAUGCCUCCUUGAGGUCAUGCUCUCAUUGUAAAGAUACUGAUACACAAUCUUUUCUAUUUUCUCCUCUUUCUGUCAGAAGGCCCCCAUGAAGCAGGAAGACGCCCAGGAAGAAGUAGAGGAUGAGGAGGCUAAGGGAGAAGACGAUCAGCCGGUUUCUGAGCAGGAAGAAGAGGACGAGUAGUAACAGCCAGGAAAGGUUUAGGAUGUGAUUUACUACUGCCCAGCCUCGAGAGACCCCCUGUUCCGAUCCUUCCUGACCCCUCAGACCGUCCCACACCCAUCCCACUACCCACGAUGCCCCCACCUGCUCACUGUGAAUGCACAUGUUCCCCUGCUGGACCCUGCUGGCUGAAACCUGCCAAUCACACACUGUCUGUACGGCCCACCCAUACUCCAGAGAUAACCCCCUGUUUUACCAGAUGUUUAUAUUGCGUAGGGGACUAGGACUAGAGAGGAUGUGUUGCUGUACUUCAUUUGUAUAACGUGGUUAGUUUAUAGUAGCUUCCAUUCAGUGUGUAGCACAAUUACAUCGUGUUAUCAGUUUUUUUUUCCCAGCAGCUUUUCUAAUUGUACAUACACAGUCAUAUGUUAAGUGUUUUAAAGAUUUCAAACAUACUUCUCAUGUUUCAAAUUGAAAAUGGUAGUUUUAUACCACAGUUUGUAUAGGAUGAUGUCACCAAAAACAACUUAGCAGUCAAUGACGGACAGCUAUAACCCUGUGAGAAUCUGAGUGAAGAUCACUCUGAAUGGACUUAUAAUCUCAGACUGAAACAGAUCUAUCAAUGCAGUGCCUCUCACUCGAUGCCAGCAAAUAUGUUAGAUCUAUAUGUGUGAAUGCAACCCAGUGACUCUAUGUCUCAAUCCAACAUGAGAAAGACCCUUGUGUAGGGUUUACACCAGCUUUCAUAAGCUAGUGUACAAAGUCAGAUUUCAUAAAUUGCUUUUGGUCUUACUUUAAGGUUAGGGUUAACCAUAAGGUUAGCAUUGUGGUUGGGUUGGGUAAAAUAUUAAUUGUAGAAAUGGACGGGGUUUAACCAUAAUUAUGACUUUGUGGCUGUGGAAACUAGUGACAACCCUCGUGUAGUGUGCUUUAUGACUGUGUUUGCAGCUACUGGACACCAUUCACUGAACGUUACUAUCUGCUGAUCUACUGUGCACUUUGUUGAAUGUAAAAUGAUGUGGAUGAUUAAGAGAUCCCCCGAGAUGUAAGAGAAGUGAAAUGCCAAUAAAGUUGAAUGGUGUGAACAGCU